UAUGGCGUGAAAAUAUGAGAUUAGCCUGCAGAAACUUGUUGCAAAAACUGAUCAUCGACACACCACAUUGUAAACGCUGGAUAUACGUGGAAAAACUGAUCAGCAAACAGUUGUUAAAAAUCUAAACUAGAGAAUGUCAAAUAGAGCUGCAGUGGGCGCAUGGAGAUGACGUCAUAUGUAUACAUCGUGCUCCAGCCUCCAUCAUCAUCAUCAUCAAUACUUUUUUCUGCCUUAAUCGCCCUGCAAUUUACGCAGAGGCCUUGUGCUUGUGCAUGGAUACUGAAAAUGAAAGUGCUUUUAUGUAUGCAACCUCAAUGUUGCUAAAUGUUGCGUCGAACGCUCUUUUCAUUAAUUUAUUUUAACCCAAAUCAGUCCGUAAGUGUAGCGCAAACCGUGUCGCAAUGAUACCUAUCCCGAUUGUAGUGUGUGUGAUGGGAGGAUGGUGUGCCGUCUACCUAACGGACACUCUCAUAAAGACUUCUACUUCUGUGAGACACAGGUAUGAGACCUGGCUGUCAUCCAACGGGCUCACUCUGUCCCCAUUCCACGUAAAAUGGCAAACAGGUCUUUUCAACCGCCUGUUUGCCAGAUGUGCUAGCAUCAACCCCCACUUCCUUCACUUAUGGUUCAGCGUAGGUAUGGUGUUUGGGGUGGUGGCCAUGUUCGGCUCCGUGGUCUUGCUCUCGCGGACGCUGCACCAGACGCUGAAACAGAUGACCUCAGAGGCCCCAGAAGGUUCUCAUGAGCAGGUUCUCCAAGUGGUGGUGCCCGGGGUGAACCUGCCCGUGAGUCAGCUGGCGUACUUCUUCAUUGCCAUCUUAGUCAGUGGAGUAAUACAUGAGUUUGGCCAUGGGGUGGCAGCACUGCGGGAACAGGUGCGGCUGAACGGGUUUGGCAUCUUUGUGUUUGUAGUGUAUCCUGGGGCCUUUGUAGACCUCUUCACUACACACCUGAAUCUUAUCUCUCCUGUUCAGCAGCUCAGAAUAUUCUGUGCAGGAGUAUGGCACAACUUUAUGCUGUGCGUGGCGGCUCUGUGUUUCCUCCUGCUGCUUCCUCUGCUGCUGUUCCCCCUCUACUACACUGGAGCUGGGGCCUUGGUCACUGAGGUGGUGGAGGGCUCGCCCAGCAGUGGACCGCGGGGGCUGUUUGUGGGCAACCUGGUGACGCGUCUGGAGGACUGUGAGGUGCGCGGGGUGGACGACUGGCAGUCCUGCAUCCGGCAGCUCGUCCAGCACCCACAGACGGGCUACUGCGCCAGGGCCAGCAAUCUGCAGAUCAGCUGGGCAGCCGGACGAGCUUACAAGCGUCUGGAUGGGACGAUGGAGUGCUGCAGCAACAACAGCCUGACCGACCUCUGCUUCUCCUACCACAGCAACCAGGAGGGCAGGAUGUACGCCUGCUUGCCUGCGCGGAGGACCAUGGAGUCCAGUCCCACCUGCAUGACCAACGCGGACUGCCAGAAGCAGGAGCAGGGCGAGGGGGCAGGGCCCAGCCUGUGCAUGGUGCCCUCGCUGGAGAACCAGACACGGCUCAUCCGCGUACGUCACCCACCCCAUCCUGACAUGCUCUUCGUCGGCUACCCCUCCCACCUGCAGUACUCAGUGAGUCUUUCAAACUUCGUGCCUCGCCUCGGCUUCCUACACUUGGACCUGCCGGUGCUGCUGGAGACCUUCUGCAAAUACCUGGUGUCAUUGUCGGGGGCUUUGGCGGUGGUGAACGCGGUGCCCUGCUUCGCUCUGGACGGCCAGUGGAUGCUGACGUCGUUCCUGGAGGCGUCGCUGGGCACGCUGGUACCCGAGAGGAGCCGUCGGGAGAUGCUGGGCUUCUGCAUCCUGCUGGGCGGCAGUGCCCUGCUCGCUGCCAACGUAGCGCUGGGACUCUGGAUGGUCACGGCGCGAUAGCACGCACACACACACACACACACACACACACACACACACACACACACACACACACACACACACACACACACACACACACACACAGAGAGCUGGGGCAGAGGACUUUGGAUCAGGUCCUUCUCUCAUCAUCAGAUAAGUCCCCUCCCCCUCUGACUCGACCAAUCACAUUCAAGCUCAUGAACUCCGACUCAGAGACCCUUGGAAGGGAAGUAGAGUAAAACUACAUCUCCCAUCAUGCUCUAGCAUCUGAUAAGAAAGUGGCACAGUCCGUAUCCAUGGUCCCUCCGUCACAAGAUGGCCAAACAUGGAGGAUGAGUUAUUCUUCAUUGGGCUCGAUUGCCUGUGCAACCUUGUUGCGAUGGCUUUGGGGAAAAUUUAGUGUAUCCUUGCUCCAAAAAAAUAAAAAAUGCCUGCUGCUGUUUGAAAGAAACAAAACAAAAACCAACAAAAGGGACUCAACAAACCACGGACGCUGUUAAAGCACUGUUUUAGUCCCGCAUCAUAUCCCAGUAGUAUCCCAUGCAUACACACAGAGUGUACGCCAUGUCAUGAUGUCUUUGCUAUGCACGCACUGGACGCUCUCCACCUGAAGGGCCCUUCUGCUUUAUGUCCAUGUUAGUCUGUGUCGCUCCCCCCCCCCCCCCCGUGAACGCUGCGUGGGUUCCUAUCCCAUGGUCACUUUCCAUAUCCACUGGAGGAGGUCCAGUUGGGGUGAUGUUCAUUCCUGAAACUAAAAGCACUUUGCUCAAGCUCAGUAAAAGGGAGUUGUUGUUGUUUAUGAAACCAUGGAACGUUUUGGUUGUGGAGAACACUGAAAAGAUCAUAAAGUCAUUGUUCCCCCACCCCAAUAAAUCUCCUAUCUCCUUUGGAACAUGA